AUGAAACUUUAUGAAAGUCUUAACAUUCUGGCCAGUACUGAUGCAGGCACUGCAGGAGCCCUGACUCCACAACAUGUUCGAGCUCAUUCCUCUCCAGCAUCCUUGCAGCUGGGAGCCGUUUCUCCUGGGACACUGACCCCCACUGGAGUAGUCUCUGGCCCAGCAGCUACGCCCACUGCCCAACACCUUCGCCAGUCUUCUUUUGAGAUACCUGAUGACGUACCUCUGCCAGCAGGCUGGGAGAUGGCCAAGACAUCUUCUGGUCAGAGAUACUUCUUAAAUCACAUCGAUCAGACAACAACAUGGCAGGACCCCAGGAAGGCCAUGCUUUCUCAGAUGAAUGUUACAGCCCCCACCAGUCCUCCAGUGCAGCAGAAUUUAAUGAACUCGGCCUCAGGUCCUCUUCCUGAUGGAUGGGAACAAGCCAUAACUCAGGAUGGAGAAAUUUACUAUAUAAAUCAUAAGAACAAGACCACCUCUUGGCUAGACCCAAGGCUUGACCCUCGUUUUGCCAUGAACCAGAGAAUCAGUCAAAGUGCUCCAGUAAAGCAGCCACCUCCCUUGGCUCCCCAGAGCCCACAGGGAGGUGUUAUGGGUGGUAGCAGCUCCAACCAACAGCAACAGAUACGUCUCCAACAACUGCAGAUGGAGAAGGAAAGACUUCGGUUGAAACAGCAAGAGCUGCUUCGGCAGGCAAUGCGGAAUAUCAAUCCCAGCACAGCAAAUUCUCCAAAAUGUCAGGAAUUAGCUCUUCGUAGCCAGUUGCCAACACUGGAGCAGGAUGGUGGAACUCAAAAUCCAGUGUCUUCUCCCGGCAUGUCUCAGGAAUUAAGAACAAUGACAACCAAUAGCUCAGAUCCCUUCCUUAACAGUGGCACCUAUCACUCUCGAGAUGAGAGUACAGACAGUGGGUUAAGCAUGAGCAGCUACAGUGUCCCUCGGACUCCAGAUGACUUCCUAAACAGCGUUGAUGAAAUGGAUACAGGUGAUACUAUCAACCAAAGCACCCUGCCCUCACAGCAGAACCGUUUCCCAGACUACCUUGAAGCCAUUCCUGGGACAAAUGUGGACCUUGGAACACUGGAAGGAGAUGGAAUGAACAUAGAAGGAGAGGAGCUGAUGCCCAGUCUCCAGGAAGCUUUGAGUUCUGACAUUCUUAAUGACAUGGAGUCUGUUUUGGCUGCCACCAAGCUAGAUAAAGAAAGCUUUCUUACAUGGUUAUAGAGCUCUCAGGUAGACUGAAUUCUAAAUCUGUGAAGGAUCUAAGGAGAUGAGACAUGUAUACCUGAAAUUUCCAAAUAAGCCCGUUAUUUUUUUCUGGCUAAUACAGAAAAAGAUGAACAAACGUCCAGCAAGAUUCUUUCAUCCAUUAUUUUGCUCUUCCUUGUCCAUUGCUGCUGUUAAUAUAUUGCUGACCUCUUUCACAGUUGGCCCUAAAGAAUCAAAAAAGUGUUUUUGUUUCUUUUGCUACUAUAACUACUGUUCUUUUGGGGGGCUGGGGAAAUGAGCCUGUUUGGAUGAUGGAUGUCAUUCCUUUUGCCCAGUUAGAUGUUCACUGAUCAUUUUAACUGUUGGAAGUCAAAUGCUUCAUGUCACAUUAUUUUAGUUUGUUCAAGUAGUUUCUUCAGCUGUUUUGGCCAGUGGCAAAACAUGUGUCUUGCUGGUCUGACAAGCCAAAAAUGAUGUACCUGAUAUUAAGUACUUACUUAAUGCUGAUUUGAAGAGGUAGCUGAAACCAAGGCUGAAGACUGUUUUACUUUCAGUGUUUUUUUUCCCCCGCUAGUGCUAUCAUUAGUCACAUAGUGACUUUGAUUUUACUUUAGGAGCUUAUAAGGCAUGAGUCAAUUUCCAUAGAAAUACAUUAAUUAUUGCCUCAUACUCGAGUAUAGAUUUGAGUGGAUAUUUUUGUGGGUGUUUUAUUUUUUGUUUGGGUUUUUUUGGUGGCGGUAGGGUCUUUUUUUUUUCAGUUGGUUUUGUUGUUUUCUUAGAACCUAGGCAAAUUACUAUAUUGAUUAAUCUGUUUAUAAUUAUAGCUUGGGAAGGUUAUUGUAGUUCUUUGGUAAAAUCUGUAUUUUGAGGUUUUUGCCAUCUUAUUUAAAUCUUAUUAUCUGCUUUUUCUAUAUAUUCACACGCACACUUACAAUGUUUAUAAUAGUGUGAUAGCAGAAUGUAUCUUUUUUUUAGGCUUCCCUACUUUCCAGUUUAUUUUUAAAUGGUAGCUUUGAAUGUAUGCAUUUAGAAGUCAUGGCUAAUAGUUUAUAUUUCAUAGUUUGAUUCUGUUUGGGAAAUCUACAGAUAUUUGAGGUAGUUUAGUAUUCUAGAAAGGGUAUUACUAUGGAUAGUGCCUAGAUGAGUACUCUGUGCCCUCUGGACACAUGUUAAAUAUUAUCUGAUGAACUGAAAAGGGGCAAACAAGAAAUGGCUUAAUCUCCCCCUUGGACUAAUUUGAGUCUUGAUGGGAAAUUACUGAGUAGGUUUGUAAUGUACAUGGAAAAAGUAAGCUUCAUAGUGGUUUACCUUCCGUUAACUUUGGAAGCUUGCCUUUACCUUAGUUUUGGAAGUAAAUUCUAGUACCUUAGGUCUUGUUUAUAAUGAACACAAUAAAUAGUAGUAGGUUGAAAUAAGAUUUUUAUAAGACUUGCUCCUACUUUUGUAUGCUGAAAAUUGACCUGGGUAGUAUGUAGAAUACUGUAAGGUCAUGAGUUAGGUGGUAAAGCGAUCAGAUUAAUAAAUGUAUAUUGGUAGCUGAAUUU